AUGAUGGAUCCUAUGGUUUCCACGCGCGUCUCUAUCCGAUGGCCUCCAAAUCCAGCAUCCGAAGAUUGUGAUGUGUUGGUCAUACAGGUACGUAAGAUGAUGCCUCGAACCCCCACACCCGGUUGCGAUAAGUCCAGCUUCGAAGCUGAUCACCGACUGGGCGCUGGCGUGAACGGAAUGCAGGGUAGAACAGGUUUCUUCUUGGACUUGAGAACUUUUGUGGAUGGCCAUCAACGGCAAGGCGAGAUCGAUUGGGCUACGGCAGGAUGGAAGAAGCUCUUGACCGCUUCGGCUGAUGGUGAGCCGAGCGGUGGGAUUGACUUGAAAGCAAGGUCAUUUCUCGUAUUCAUGUUUGAUCGAUUAUCCCAGGACAACCAAGAGCCUCUUUCACACCCCUCAUCGACUCGAGACAACGCGCACCAGGUUACACGCCUCUACCUGCAGUAAACGAGGACUCGGAUGAGUCUCCUCCAGCAGACGAGGGGACUUUUACCACUCUACCCAACGGCGAUGUGUUGGAAACAGGAUCGCUGCCAAAUCCAGACGUACCUGGUUCUCCGAUACAGGAAUACGAAGAGGUGUGGAGAAGGUUGCCUUUACCCAAGGUGGUAAAGUGUUUGAUUCUGGCGAGGGAGGAUGACAAGGUUUUUUGGGGGAGGGUCGCGGGGUGGGAAGUGGGGAUGGGCGUGGAUGACCAGGGCAAAUUUUGGGCAACGAGGAGGGUUCUGAAUGGGAGUGGGGAGUGGGGAGUGGAAGGAUGUGGUAGGUGA